AUGUGCGCCAUUUUGGAUUGAAAAAAAAUAAAAAUCACGGGCAUUUCUGUAAGCCCAUAUUCACGAGUCUAAUAACUGUUUCCUUGUAAUAACCUGUACUGAAAUUACAAUCCUUACAACUCAAAUCACUAUCGGAAGACCCCCCAAAGAAGCCAGUUCUGUUGCAGAAAGUGGCAAUGGCAGGUGUCGGAGGAGGGAACGAUUUCCAAUGGUGCUUCUCUCAAGUGAAGGGAGCCAUAGACGAGGAUGUGGCUGAAGCCGACAUAAUCUCAACGGUUGAGUUUAACUAUUCUGGAGAUCUACUAGCAACAGGAGACAAAGGAGGUCGGGUCGUCAUAUUCCAACGGGAACAAGAGAGUAAAAACCGUCCUCAUUCCAGAGGAGAAUACAAUGUGUACAGCACUUUCCAGAGCCACGAACCCGAGUUUGACUAUUUGAAAAGCUUAGAAAUCGAGGAGAAAAUCAACAAAAUAAGAUGGUUACCCCAACAAAACGCUGCGCACUCUCUGCUCUCAACAAACGACAAGACCAUCAAGCUGUGGAAAAUCAGCCAACGGGACAAAAGAGCAGAAGGCUACAACUUGAAAGACGAGGAUGGAAGACUGAGAGAUCCUUUUAGAAUCACGUCGUUACGGGUGCCUGUGCUGCUGCCCAUGGACCGGAUGGUGGAGGCUAGCCCACGGAGGAUAUUCGCUAACGCACACACAUAUCACAUCAAUUCCAUCUCUGUAAAUAGUGAUCAUGAAACAUACCUUUCAGCCGAUGAUCUCAGGGUUAACCUCUGGCACUUAGAAAUCACAGAUAGAAGUUUUAACAUUGUAGAUAUAAAGCCUGCCAAUAUGGAGGAGCUGACAGAAGUCAUCACAGCUGCAGAGUGCCAUCCACACCAGUGUAAUGUAUUUGUGUACAGUAGCAGCAAGGGGACCAUCCGCCUCUGUGACAUGCGGGCUGCUGCCCUCUGUGAUAGGCAAAGCAAAUUCUUCGAGGAGCCAGAGGACCCGAGCAGCCGGUCCUUCUUCUCAGAGAUCAUCUCCUCCAUAUCGGAUGUGAAGUUCAGCCACAGCGGCCGGUACAUGAUGACCAGAGACUACCUGUCAGUCAAGGUGUGGGAUCUGAACAUGGAAAACCGGCCUGUGGAGACUUACCAGGUGCACGAGUACCUGCGUAGCAAGCUCUGCUCACUGUAUGAAAACGACUGCAUCUUCGACAAGUUCGAGUGCUGCUGGAACGGUUCUGACAGUGCCAUCAUGACGGGCUCGUACAACAACUUCUUCCGGAUGUUUGACCGGAACACGCGGAGGGACAUCACGCUGGAGGCCUCUAGAGAGAACAGUAAACCUCGGGCCAUCCUGAAGGCCCGCAAGGUGUCCACCGGGGGGAAGAGGAAGAAGGACGAGAUCAGCGUAGACAGUCUGGACUUCAACAAGAAGAUCUUACACACCGCCUGGCACCCAAAGGAGAACGUCAUCGCUGUCGCCGCCACCAACAACCUCUACAUAUUCCAGGACAAGAUCAACUAAACUUAACAAUCUUCCCCCCCGAAACUGUUCCGACCCUCCCCGACCCCAGCCAUCAUACCUACCUACCGCGAAUGGACAGAAAUCUUGUACGUUACAUAGUUAAGAAUAGUCGUUACAUCUGUUUAAAGAAACAACAGCAGCCUUGUCUGUCCUCCUCACGAAGAAGAAAUGUGAUGCACUUGUUUCGUUGUGUAGCCAGCCAGCCAGACGCCUGGUCGCCUGCUGGAGUCAGACGGCCUGUUUCUUUUAGAGUCUGAGGUGUUUGGUUGGUUGGUUUGCGUCCUGUCUCGUUGUGAGGGCAGACAGAGGCAGGCAGGAGCCCCAGGUCUGACUCUGGACAGACUAGCCCGGGCCUGACUGCAGCAGAAAUAUCGAUGGACAGCACUCAACAAAAGAGGCCAAAAAAUGUCCGUUUAAAGUUUCGUGUAUUUAUUUAAAAGUCUGAGCCUUGUUUUACUUCCUAUGAUUUGACGACACAUUAUGGAAUAAGGAGGAAAGAUGUUGUGUUGAAGUCAGAAUGAGAUAUUAGUCUCUUAACUGUAAAUCUGGGCCUUGGAGAAACUGAAAUGAAAUUAGCUUAAUUAAGUAGGGUUGCAAAUUCCCAGGUAACUUUCCUAAAAAUUCCCAGGUAACUUUCCUAAAAAUUCCCAGGUAACUUUCCAGAAAAUCCCAUUUGGACGAUUCCCAGAAUCGGAAAAGGAAUGAGCAGGAAAUUAUCCAGGAAUCCUGCAACUAGGAUGUUGGGAAAGUUAGGGGAAAUGUAGCAGCCUUACUGGUAACAUUCCUCCUCCCUGGCCGACUCUCAGGCCUCCGUGUUGGACCUUGUUAAGCUCUUGAACACAGGUCUCCAUGUUGGACCUUGUUAAGCUCUUGAACACAGGUCUCCAUGUUGGACCUUGUUAAGCUCUUGAACACAGGUCUCCAUGUUUGGUCAGUGGACAAUUGUUUUUGGUUAUUUUUAGUUUUUGGUUAUUUUUUAUCCUCUUUUUUCUCUCUCUCAUGUAUAAUAACAUUUGACUCAUUGACUGUAUCUAUAUAACCACACCGUCUGGUGUCAACCACUUAAUAAAAGUAACGAAAACCACAAC